ACACGAAAAGUCGUUGGCAAAUCUCUCCUGAACGCUGCGUACAUCGUCUCGUGCUCUUCCUCGCUGGCGAGGAUGUGCUGAGCCUUGUAGUAGGCCUCCAUCUUUGCAUUGGAAGUCACAAUUUCGCCUGUUCUGUCGUCCCUAGGCGCCCAGCCGUCGUCGGUCUUGCCUUUGCCUUUCUUGCGGCCGCCCAUCUUGAUGAGCUUGGUCGGUCGUCGUCGAGCACUUGGUCAAGUCCUUGCACGCGAGCCGGCCGCUAAUCGACUAAUCGCUACUGAACUUGCCACGGAUGACCUCGACUUCAGCUCUCCCGUCACAAGCCACGCCGCCGAUAGCUCAUCCAACGCUUGCGCCAUCUGCACCAGCGAACAAGAAGGGCAAGAAAGUGGCAGCCGCUGUGGAAGAGGAUGACGAGGAAGAGGAGGAUCAGCAAGAUGAGACACCGUUGGCUCACUGCGAGUGGACCGUCCAGCCGGGCGAGCUCUGUACUUCUCAGCACUGGAUGGUCGAAGACCUCAUCAAGCACAUCCAUCAAGUGCAUGUCAUGCCGCAAAAGGCAGACUACACCUGUCACUGGAACAAGUGCGCGCGGUUGGGCAAGACGCAGUCCAGUCGCUUUGCUCUGCUCGCGCAUAUACGCAGUCAUACGGGCGAACGACCUCAUAUCUGUCCCUUACCAGAUUGCGACAAGACCUUCACACGUACAGACGCGCUCUCCAAGCAUCUCAACGCACUGCACAACUAUACCAAAGAGCAGCGCGACAUGUCGACUGAGCAGAUCAUGCAAUCCAUGUUGCCCCCACCCGUCGAACUCUUUCAGACCCAUUCAGACAGAGCAGCACAGACGCGUAAAACGGCAGUCGGUAGUCUUACCGCAUCCCAUACUACCGUCAGGAGUAAGGAGCCCCGACCGAUGCCUAUACCCGACAAGCCUUCGCCCGCUCUGACGGCAUACCUCAUCGCCCUUGCGAAACACCGCUACCUCAUCAGACAGACCGAGAUAUUACUGAGCCAGCUGGAUGCCUAUGCUGCAGAAGCCGAUCAUCUGGAGACCGAGAAAGACCGGUUGCUUAGUCAGAUCAUCGUGCAAGAGUACGGUCCCGUCGCGCGCGAAGUGCUCUCGCAAGACAUGAUCAAUGCUCUCCUGCCACCCGUCUCCCAAUGAUGUUGUACGGCAUGCAGAGGACGUAUACAGUACAA